GGCUCCCCUGCCGUGAUGGAACUACCAGGCUAAUGAAAGAGCUAGCCACCGAAAGCCCACCAUUGGCUGUCCCGACUGCCCAAGCUGGCAGCAGGCAGUGGCGUCAGGGAAGGACUGGACUGACAGAGGCUAAGGUGGAUAUACAACCCCCCCUCCAAAAAAAAAAAAAAAAAGAAAGAAAGGAUAUCACAUUGGGAACUCGCAGAAUUUGAGUUUUACUCGACUUGUGGAUUUCCCAGCUCGAAAAAAACUAACGUUCAACGUUGUCUGGAAGUUUCAGAUCCCGAGGUGGUGACGCUACUGCUCGCUAAUGAUAGCCGAUGCGCUAACGUUACUUGAUCGAUGUAAUUGUUUUGGUCUAAUUUAUCGUCUUACUUCCAAAGAAUAAAACCGUUUCGACGCUUAAGGCAAUGUCAGGCACAUAGACUCGAGAAAUGUUGGCGUUUGAUCAACUUUUACGUAACUCGGUGUUGUUUUCUUGGCGAAGUUAGUCUUUCAAACUAGCGAGCGUUAGCCACCUAGCUGGCUAGUAGCUAACGUUGGCUAACUGUUGACUCCAAACAGAUUUAAAGCCAAAGAAAAAUUAUUUCGCUUUAAAUUAAGUCAAGGCUAGCAAGCCCACUGCUGUUUCCACGUCACCUAACUCGCUGUAUCGUUUGCUGUCUACUUGUGUUGACGUGAUACUGCCAACCGGAAGAGUUUUACUUUUUAAAGUCGUUGUUCAGUUAAAACUCUUCGAUAUAAGCAAUCACGGAAUCGCCAAUUUAUUUGACUAAUGGUAGCUAGCUCUCGCUGAGUUAGCCGGCUGAAGUUGGAAUCCUGACCCCUUGCUCAAGGGGCUUGCUUUGAGGCCUUGUCUACAGUGGGGUGAAAAAAACAUAUCCAAAGCCUUAUUAUACAGUAUCUCGGCGUCUGAGUGGAGUUCAUAUUUUAAUGUCUGGAUAUUUGGCAAGCCUCCUCACGACCUAAUAGGAGAAUCUGGACAUCGUUUACCUGCCGGUGGGAAAUACUGUUACUUGGCAAGAUGAUGUGUGAAGUGAUGCCCACCAUCAGUGAGACAGAAGGACCAAGUGGAGGAGUUGGCACUGGUCGUCGAGGGUCCGGCUCCCCGCUACAGUCGGACUCUGAAGGUCAUUUUGAGUCGCUGAUGGUGUCCAUGUUAGAGGAGAGGGAUCGUCUUCUUGAGACUCUGAGAGAGACUCAAGAAAAUCUGGGCUUGGCUCAGGGUAAACUGCAUGAAGUCAGCCAUGAAAGGGACUCUCUCCAGAGACAACUCAACACUGCUUUGCCACAGGAGUUUGCGGCACUAACUAAAGAGGUGAACAUGUGCCGGGAACAACUUCUAGAAAAGGAGGAGGAGAUUGCAGAACUGAAAGCUGAGAGAAACAACACACGGCUCCUCUUGGAGCACUUGGAGUGUCUGGUUUCUCGCCAUGAACGUAGUCUGAGGAUGACAGUGGUGAAACGACAAGCUCAGUCUCCUGCAGGAGUCUCAAGUGAAGUGGAAGUCCUCAAAGCCCUAAAGUCACUUUUUGAACACCACAAAGCCCUUGACGAGAAGGUAAGGGAGAGACUGCGAGUCGCCUUGGAAAGAUGCAGCGCUUUGGAGGAACAGCUCACUAUGUCACACAAAGAGUUGGCUUACCUCAGAGAGCAGAGCUGCCAGAAGAGGGGAUUGGCAGAUGGAACCAGUGAGGUCAACCACAACUCUGAAAAUACACCAAGCACUAAUGGGAAGCGGUCAUCAGAUGGAUCUCUUAGUCAGGAGGAUGAGUUAGGUCCUGAUUUCGGCAAGGUUGGCGAACUCCAGAAGGUGGUGGACCGUCAGACCGCAGAUCUGGGCCAGAUUAAGGAGCGCAUGGCUGCAAUGGCAUCCAGAAUCAGUGAGCUGGAGGAAGAGUUGGACACAGCCAGAAAAGACCUCAUCAAGUCUGAAGACAUGAAUACACGAUUGCAGAGAGACCUCAGAGAAUCUAUGGCUCAGAAGGAGGAUAUGGAAGAGAGGAUCACCACUCUAGAAAAGCGCUACCUGGCAGCUCAGCGGGAGGCUACGUCCGUCCAUGACCUGAAUGACAAAUUGGAGAAUGAAGUAGCCAACAAAGAGUCCCUCUGUAGACAAACUGAAGACAGAAACCGGCAGCUCCAAGAGAAACUAGAGCUAGCUGAGCAGAAGCUACAGCAGACUAUCCGCAAAGCAGAGACUCUGCCAGAGGUGGAGGCUGAGCUAGCACAAAGGGUAGCUGCCCUAACGAAGGCAGAGGAACGCCAUGGUAAUGUGGAGGAGAGAUUGAAGCAACAUGAGGCCCAGUUGGAGGAGAAGAAUCAGGAACUGCUCAGGGCAAGGCAAAGAGAGAAGAUGAAUGAGGAGCAUAACAAGCGUCUCUCUGAGACAGUGGACAAGCUCCUGUCUGAGUCCAACGAGAGACUCCAGCUUCACCUAAAAGAGAGGAUGUCUGCUCUGGAGGACAAGAAUGCCCUCAUAAGGGAACUGGAGCAUACCAAGAAGCUGAUUGAGGAGUCUCACCAUGAAAAGGAGCAGCUUUUGAUUCAGAUUGAAACGAUGAGGGCUGAGAACGAGCAGGGUAGGAGCAGGAGCAACUCUUUACUACAUGGACGAUCACAGUUGGCAAGCACCCCAGACUUCAGAUAUCCAGUGUCUGCUUCCUCUAUGAUGGACAGUAACUCAGACCACUAUGGCAGCGCUCUUGUAUUGAGACGACCCCAAAAAGGAAGAGUAGCAGCACUUCGAGACGAACCAUCCAAAGUGCAAACUCUGAAUGAGCAGGAGUGGGAGCGUGUGCAACAGGCCAAUGUGCUUGCUAAUGUGGCCCAGGCUUUUGAGAGUGAUAUGGAUGCCUCAGACCUGGAGGAGGAUCGAGAGACUAUCUUCAGCUCUGUUGAUCUUCUAUCCCCUGGUGGUCAGGCAGAUGCACAGACUUUGGCCUUAAUGCUGCAGGAGCAGCUUGAUGCCAUCAACAAUGAAAUUAGGAUGAUUCAAGAAGAGAAGGAAAACACAGCCAUCCGAGCAGAAGAAAUCGAGUGCAGGGUGGGCAGUGACGACAGCCUUGGAGGACGUUUCCGCUCCAUGAGCUCCAUACCCCCAUCACUCUGUGCAGGCUCUCCUAUUGGCAGCUCUCCUCCAGGCUCUGGUCACUCAACACCAAGACGUAUUCCUCAUAGCCCUCAUAGAGAAUUAGAUCGGAUGGGUGUCAUGACCCUGCCUAGUGACCUGCGAAAGCACCGCAGGAAGUCUGCUCUGGAUGACAAAACCACUAUCCAGUGCGAGACAUCACCCCCUACCACUCCACGCUCUAUGCGCCUAAACAGAGAAACAGGUCACGCUGCCAGCCAUGAGGACAUUAGGGACAUCCGAGGUCUCGUUGGCAUGCAAGAUGGCCAGGGUAGCAACCCUAGCAGCAGUAACAGCAGCCAGGAUUCUCUCAACAAAGCAGCCAAGAAGAAGAGCAUUAAGUCUUCCAUUGGACGCCUUUUUGGAAAGAAGGAGAAGGGACGGCCGAGCAUUCCUGGAAAGGACUCUCCCAGUCAAGCUGGUACCCCUGAAGCAGAGAGCUCAGCCAAGGAUGCCUUAGCAGUGGGCAGUCUGGGUGGCCCUGCAGAAAAGAACAGAAAACUGCAGAAGAAUCCAAAGACAGGGCAUGAACUGUUAGAUGAGGCACGCAGGCAGGGCCUGCCUUUUGCCCAAUGGGAUGGACCAACCGUUGUCGUUUGGCUUGAGCUGUGGGUGGGCAUGCCUGCUUGGUAUGUAGCUGCCUGUCGUGCUAAUGUAAAAAGCGGAGCCAUUAUGUCAGCACUUUCAGACACCGAAAUCCAGAGGGAGAUUGGAAUCAGCAACCCAUUACAUCGUCUGAAACUUCGUCUUGCCAUCCAGGAAAUAAUGUCGCUCACCAGUCCCUCUGCCCCUCCCACCUCCAGAACGACCACAGGAAACGUUUGGGUCACACAUGAAGAAAUGGAAAGUCUGGCAGCUACACCUCCCACGGAGGACAACGAAAGUAGCUGGGCCCAGACAUUGGCGUAUGGAGACAUGAAUCAUGAAUGGAUUGGUAAUGAGUGGCUACCCAGCUUGGGUCUACCACAGUACCGCUCAUAUUUCAUGGAGUCCCUGGUGGACGCCCGCAUGCUUGAUCACCUGACCAAGAAAGACCUCCGCGGACAGCUGAAAAUGGUAGACAGUUUCCACAGGAACAGUUUUCAGUGUGGAGUAAUGUGUUUAAGGAGGCUCAACUAUGACCGGAAGGAGCUGGAGAGAAGAAGGGAAGCAUCUCAGCUAGAGUUUAAUGAUGUGCUGGUGUGGAGUAAUGAGCGCUUGAUAAAUUGGGUUCAGGCUAUCGGGAUGAAAGAGUACAGUGCCAACCUCUAUGAGAGUGGUGUCCACGGCGCACUGCUCUCUCUGGAUGAAACCUUUGAUCACAACACCCUGGCACUACUGCUGCAGAUUCCCACACAGAACACUCAGGCCAGAGCAACUCUUGAGCGGGAAUAUAACAGUUUGCUGGCCAUUGGUACAGACAGGAGUAUGGAAGAGGAUGACGACAAGAACUUCCGGCGUGCUCCCUCAUGGAGAAAGAAGUUCAGGCCCAAAGACAUGAGGGGGAUGUCCUUGGGUGUGUCUGACACUCUGCCUGCCAAUUUCAGGGUGACCACCAGCAACGCAUCGUCUGCCAUCACACAGCCAAAGAGGAGCCCAAUGGAUGGUAACCGCUGGUCAGAAGACGAAGGGGAAUUCCCUGCUUUCAAGACCAGGAUGAUGAACUAACAGAUUUUUAAGGACACUAAAAAUAUAUCACAUCACAGAGAAAGAGCUUGCUCACCAAUCUCAGUAUCCCUAGAGGAAACUGUAUAGAUAUAUCCACAUUUUUUCUAUUUAUGUAAACCAAUGGGACAUUUAAAUGAUUUUAGAAUACUGUGUAAUCUUUUUUUUUGCCUCAAUCACAUUUACAUUUCCUCACUGUGCUCAUCAGCUCUCAGAUGUAUGUAACUGAAUGUUUCAACUGUCUGGAGUUUGUAUAUUUCUACCAACAGACAUUUUAUCUAAUCUUUUUUUAUAAUCUUUAUUUGACCAGAUGUAUGUUUUUUCCUUGUUGAUUUGAAAUAUAAUCAAUGGUUAAGUGACUUGUGAUAUAAUUUAAUUUCAUAUCGUUACCCUUUUUAAAUGUUUGUUUUGUAGUUACUUGUGGUUUUUAUGUAAAUGCAGCUCUUAUAUAGGUCAAUGAGUGUGUGAAUAUCAGAUAAACUGCUGGAGACCAUUUUGCAAACUGCUCAACACUGUGAGUGCUCCAUCACCAUAAAAAUAACUGCUAGCAAGCCAGGUGAUGUUGACAGCAAAUCAUCAUCAUGUGAAACACAGCAUAUACAUGAUACCAAAUAGAACGUUUUGAAUUUAAGAAACUAAAGCCAUAUAUCAGUAGCAGUAAAAGAAAGCUAGGGCCAUGAUAAAAUGCAAGUGAAAACCAAAUUCCAGAUUCUCUUUUGUUGACCUUGCAUGCAAGAACUCUCCCUUUCCUGUCCCUGCCAUAUCUCAACUCCCUUUAACCACAAAAAACCCUUCGAGAGCACCAUCUGUACAGAAGGAGGUUGAAUGUACAGAAGAACUCAAAAGGCAAUUUGCUUGGGCGGACCAAUUUCACUGUAGCCUUUGUCAAUCCUCGCUGCAAGUCGACAGGCCUAAAUAUUUUUUGAAAAAUCUAUUUACUAAGACUUUAUAUCAACCCUGUUUAUUAAUGACACUUUGUCCUUUUCUGUGUUCUUAUUUAUUAUUACUCAUUUAUGUUGUCUCUUCAUUAUCAUAGUUUAAGCUAUAAUCCCACCAUAGGUCUUGUCUGCUCUCUCAACACUGGUCCGAUAUUAAUCUCCACGGCAAAUUGGAAGGAACCAGUUUUCUUUAACCCUUUGUGUAGUCUAAAGCUAAACUAGACUUUUUUUUUUUUUUCAUUAUUGUAAUUCCGCUCAUUGCUAUUUUUAGUCCUGCUCUUCCCUUUGAAUUGUCUGAUCGUGUAACAAUGUACAGUCUGAGUACUUAUAAACAAUUUUUUAUCACAGUAUUAUUUAUUGGUUACUUUCAAUAAAAUACUGAAACAUU